AUGGCUGAAGACGCUACGUGUGAUCGAGGUAGAAAACAGAUGCCCUCUAUCACAACAUAUACUUCGGAUGAUUCUUUUGACGAGGAAGAUCUUUCUAGCUCCCUAGAAGAGACGUCCAAAAUUAUUGCUGAUAUGCGUUCUAUUACCGAUGUACAAAACGGAAUCCUUCCUCAUCUGUCAGAUUCUGCUUCCAAUUCUCCAUCCACAACUGACGAAGAUGAUUUUCCAGACGUAUCUGACAAACUUGUUCAUAUACCCGUUACCCAGCUUAUAUCCUCCGAACAGUUUUCUGCCAUAUGUACCCAACGAAGCCGUCAGUGCAAGUCGUCAACAAGUUGCGCGAAACCAGUUACCUGGGAUCCUCGUUGGAAUGGACAGUACUGUUCCGCAGCAUGCGUCAGUGAACACUGCCGUCUGGCUUUCGUCAACUGGUGUGCUGGGAAACGCUUCGUAGCGGCCACUGCAACUGGUCCUUCGAGAGUGCCACCGGAUCAUGGCUUAAACCGCGUCAAACCGGAAGUCACCGAUUCACCGGCUUUGUCCGAAGGAUCUCGCAAUGAAAGUGCAUCGAAACUCACGAACACGUUUGAGACUGAAAAUAGCUCUCUCGUUGGAAAGCUUACAAAAUCUCAGACAAACCGAGAACCAUUCCUCGUCGAACCUCCCGUUUACACAAAACCCGAGCCUCCUGAUCCGGACUCUGCGAUUUUGCACCGAAAACCACUGUUUGAAACUCUUUCGUUCGCUUUGCCCAACUCCCGAUCAAACUCUGCCAAUUAG